GCGUGUUGCUGCCUUAAUGAGGGGGAGCAUGCCUGCGCCAUGGAAAAGCGCCGAGUGGUAAUGCCGCCUCCACUACGUGCGCACUACCGUCUGCUUCCCCGGCCAGCCUUUGUACUUAACUGUGCAUAAUAGAAUCUCCUUCUGCACCAAACUACUGUGCAAAUUUCCGCGCAACAAGUUUGCAAGAGUCCCGUCAGGCAGGUUGACUCGCUGUCUUGGCUGGAGCGGAGUAGCGCUCCACGCAUCUAUCUGUCGCUGUCACCGCUGAAGACACUGUACGUGAACGCAGCGUCGCAGGCGCACGCUCCCGGAGCCGUGUGCCAUACGUUUCGUGACUCGGCGCCAGAUGCGGCUUGCUCCCAGCAGCGCGUGUAGUUGUAGUUAAAUGGAGACCGCGGAGGCAAGAGGAGCAUCUAAGUGCGUGGAGAAAAUGGAGAAAGAAGUGGCGCACCAGAAGCGACAACACUGCCGCACGACAGCGCUGAACGUUAUCACGUCUUUAUGCUCAGUGGCGUCCAUCGCUUUUUGCAUUCUUCUGAGCAUUAACGCAGCUGAUAUCAAGAGCCGAGUUGUGGAUUUGGAGAGCGGGAAGGACGAGCACACCUUUAUCCAUGCCGCCGGCUACUCCACCAUGGAUGACUUCAAUUCACUGAUUCAACAAAGAGUGGACGAGCUGCUCUCUCAGCGCUCCUAUGAGAAUUUUGUCAAGAUACGAACGGCCAGACAAACAUCACCUGAAUGCAACUGCCCUCCAGGACCUCCAGGAAAGCGAGGAAGAAGAGGCCGCAAUGGAGAACCUGGACCACCUGGUCCCCCAGGUCCAAAGGGUGAAAAGGGGGAUCAAGGCGACCAGGGACCACGGAUGGUCUUCCCUAAGAUCAAUCAUGGCUUUCUUUCCGCUGACCAGCAGCUCAUAAAGCGACGGCUCAUUAAGGGAGAUCAAGGGCAAGCAGGACCACCUGGGCCGCCGGGGCCACCCGGCCCUCCUGGACCGAGGGGGCCUCCGGGGGACACUGGCAAGGAUGGACCCCGAGGUGUUCCAGGUCUACCCGGUGAUCCAGGAGAGCCUGGAGAAACAGGACCUAUGGGACCUGAGGGGCCACAAGGACAGAAGGGUUCACUCGGGCCUCCUGGUAUCCCAGGUGUUGACGGGCUAAAGGGGGAUGUUGGCAUCCCAGGAUUGGACGGUGUCCCCGGAGCUAAGGGCGAAAUGGGAGAACGAGGUGAAAAGGGUGAUAUGGGUGAAGACGGACCGAAAGGUGAAAUGGGAGAGAAGGGCGACGCAGGUUCCUCUGCAGCUGGCAUCAAGGGUGAACCUGGAGAGCCUGGACGAGGUGGACAAAAGGGAGAGCCAGGACUUCCAGGGCUGCCUGGACUCCCAGGGAUAAAGGGUGAGCCUGGAUUCCUCGGUCCUCAGGGAGAACCCGGCCUUCCAGGACUCCCAGGAACGAAGGGCGAGAGAGGAGACCACGGGCCCCCAGGAAAGGGCGAACGAGGAGACAUUGGACCCGUUGGAUCAAAGGGUUCACAAGGAGAGGCCGGCACACCUGGUCCUAAAGGGUCAAAGGGGGAGAGUGGAGACAAAGGGGAUAUGGGGUCUGUUGGCCCAAGGGGCCCUCCUGGGCAGAAAGGAGACCAAGGAGCUACCGAGAUCAUCGACUACAAUGGAAACAUUCAGGAGGCUUUACAGAAGAUUACCACUAUUACAGUUACGGGUCCUCCUGGUCCUCCUGGGCCAAUUGGGCCACAGGGCAUUAAGGGGGAUCGUGGUAUGCCUGGUCUCCCUGGACUCGAUGGUGAAAGAGGCUACAAAGGAUCCAAAGGGGAUAUGGGAAUGCCUGGAGCUUCAGGGGAUAAAGGAACAACCGGUUUACCUGGUUUACCUGGUGUCAAUGGUGUGAAGGGUGAUAAAGGAGAUUCAGGACUAACUGGUCCUCAAGGUCCUUCCAUUACCGGCCCCCCAGGGCCACCAGGGCCCCACGGACCCCCAGGGCCUAUGGGACCCCAUGGCUUCCCUGGACCAAAGGGUGAACCUGGUUUGCAUGGCAUGAAGGGCAUGAGAGGAGAACCGGGGCACAAAGGCGACCGUGGACCAUUGGGUCUCCCUGGAGCCUCCGGCUUGGACGGCAAGCCUGGAAUUAGGGGUAUGGAUGGGCCUUCUGGUCCAGCCGGUCCUGCUGGCCCGAAGGGUGAUAUAGGGGAGAGAGGAGCACCAGGCGAGCCAGGACCAAGAGGGCCUUACGGACUGCCUGGAGCUGCUGGAACACCAGGCUUGGAUGGGUUGCCAGGCUUAAGGGGAGAGAAAGGCGACGUUGGGGAAAGAGGCGAAAAGGGGGAGAAGGGAAAGAAGGGCAAAAAGGGGCCUAAGGGCGAGAAAGGAGAACAGGGUGCCCCAGGAUUAGAUGCACCCUGCCCAUUGGGCCCAGAUGGAUUACCAAUGCCUGGGUGCUGGCAAAAGUGAUCACUCUAACCUGAAACGCAUGGAGUUUGUAAAUAAUGCUUCUUUUAUGGUAUUUAUAGUUUUUUAAUGGAAAAACGAAUCUAAAAGAAAAGAAGUCUAUGUGUACAAUGCUACGAAAAGAGAUAACCGUCCCAAGUUUCAUGCCCUAAGCUGCUUAUACUCACAUCGCUGUGUGGAAACAAAAAAAAAACAAACAACAACAACAAAAAAAACAAAACAAAUGUGUGUGUGUGUGUCCGCGCUCUCACGUCCACAUUGCGGUGGAGUUCAGAUCCUCGGCUGGCGGCAGAACUUGUCUUUAGUCUUUGCAUGGCUCAGACUGGAGCGUCGCAGCCCGGCCAGAUUCAAAGGGAGUGAGCGGAGGAGGAGGAGGAGGAGGAGGAGGAGGAUCUGGACUGGCUCCCUAACACCAAACGCUGGGUGUUUUGUGUUGUUCUCGUCUCAACAAGCUCACCUCGUUCACCAUGCAGCAACAUUUUGUCAAAAAGAGACUGUGCCAAACAGAACACUGCACCCCUGACCCCUGAAAAACAAAACAAAACAACAAAAAAAAAAACAGCAUGAGUAGUGUACUGAAACUAUACGUAUUGUACAUACAUGUCACUGUUUCGUGGUUGGCUUCUGCAGAAAAACAAGACUAACAAAGAAAAACACAACCCCAGAGCUCUGAAUUAGUAAUUUUUUUGCUUUCCUUUAAUCUUCCCAAGGGAGUCACGCCGUGGCUGGUAGCCUGAAUAUCCCCAGAAACGUAAAGCUGUUGGUUGUUGUUCCUUUAUUGUGGUGGUGCCUGCAGAGGGUACGAUUUCGGCAGGUUUUCACCGUUGCACUCACGAGGCUCGGCGCGGCCUCGGCGCGCUGCCUCCAACAGCCUCACACAUCUCAAGAAGGGGGGGAGAGCUUGGCAGGCUCAACUGCACUGACAGGAAAAAGAAAUCAGGCUCGCAAAGAUUUGGACGGGCGUGUGCUCGGAGGGGGGGGGGGAACCCGUCCCGAGCGCGCGGGGGAUGGAUUCUGCAGGAGGGUCGCCAAGAGUCCUGUCGGUCUCCAUGGAGAUCCGCUGGAGCAUCUGCCUCUCCUGACAGGCGACGCUUCCUCGUCUACUGGGAGCGUUCACAGAAUGCAAUCAUUUUUUUUUUCUUCUUUAUUGUUUUUUAUUUUGCUCUCAUUCUUAAACAUUGUUUGUAUUUUCUUUUUGUAUAAUAGCCUUUGGUGCCUCGAGCUUUUAUUCAUUCCUUUAUCAGAAAUGUACAACUUUAUAUCAUCUUUUUAAUCAUUAGAAUGGUGUUUAUUUCAGAAUGGGAAGCUUUGUUUGGUUACGUAAAAAAAAAAAAAAAGUUUUAAGAGGAUUGAAAGGACACAUUGCGCACUGUUUUUCAUCAAAUCGUUUUGAAAGGAUGUUAAAAUAGCAUGUAGCUCAUGAGCAUACUGUACGGCUGCACACGUCCGGACUGUACAGUCGCUGAUUUUACUCGUGGUUUUGAAAAAGCUCGUUGUUUGUUCAAAAAAAAAAACAUCCAGCAGUUGGUGCAAAUAUGCUACUUUUCCAUUUUGGACUUGCGGUUCUAUGGGAUAUUAUUUGUACAGUGUUGUCAGUUUGCUGCAUGUACACUUAUGGAUUUCUUAAAUAUGGAAAAUGGUUGUUUCUGGUUUUCUUUUACGUCCGACGAGGCAAAAGUCAGUUUGAAGCUGCAGCGGCUUCUGUUUCAGACGUACAAACGCAGCAAUCUCACCACACUGCUCACUCUCUUAAACCUUGUAUAUUGUCUUAAAUAUACAGAAACAUGAUUUACAGCGCAAGAAAGCUUAUCAGCCUCCGUUGAUUCACCACAAGCUAACUGGUGGCCAGUUAUGUCACAUUCCUGAUCAAAAAUAAAUCGCGGUUUAUUUUUCACCAUAGUUCAUUCAUCUUCUUUUUUUUUUUCCUGUAUUCAAACUGCCUUUUGUCAUAGUAGGCGCUAAUGCAAGGUGAACGGCGCCAUUUUCUUCCAUGUUAGAAACACGCGUGAGUGAUUUACUGUAAGAGCGGGUGAUGAAACGCCAACAAUUUUGUUGUGAUCUGGGCAGCAACCACAGGUGGAUCUGAGAAGAUAUACUUCCAUAUAUGUACAGCUCGUCUCAUGAUUCUAACAAAUGGACGCACAUCUGAAUGGACUAUACCGGUGCUAUCUGAUAGUAGGUCAACACCAGUUGAUGUGCUCUACCAGUGGCAAGAACUACACAACAGGUUUCUUUAUUGUUGUUGGAGUUUUCUGUAUGUACCAAUUCUUUUUUUUUUUGUGCAUAUAUUUGUGUAUUUGUCUCAGUAUUUUAAGGUGGUACAUUAUUUAUUUUUCUAUGAUUUCUUAAACCAAGGCAUUUAUUUUUUUUCUUUUUGGUUCUGAACAGCAUUCCUUUCAGUUUUGGAUGUCGCUGAGCCUCUGUUGAUGGUGAAUUUUGGAACAUGCUAAGGCGUCGUGUAACGUUAUGCAAAAGGUGCAGUGUGAAGGAAGUUGGUGAUUUACACUUUACAGGCCAGUUUGUAUUCACUGUGCAUUUACUUAUAGGCCUUACCAUAACACACACACUUCUGCUUUUCUUUCAUUUUUUAUUUUGUGUGUGUGUGUGUGUGUGUGUGUGUGUGUGUGUGUCAGAAAGCUAACUAUGACAACAGAGUACUGAUGACCUGAAUGUUGACAGGGCCAGCCAAUGCAACCGCGUUACAGUUCUAUACGACAGCCUUUUUCUUCAAGCUUUCUCUCUUCUCGCUCUCUUUGCAUUGAAUGUAGUUUGAUAUCUGUAUAGUGGAUUAUUAAUGUACUGUUGACAUGUGUGCUCAUUUGACAUAAAGUGCAAUUUAUACUUUGGUUAAUGCGUGUAGCAUCAAAUGCAGCUUAAGUAUCACAUGACGGUGACAUCCACAGCUCCAUUUGUUCAGUCAUGCUACCCUGUAUACCACUAUAGAAGAAAAUGUUUAUCUACCAGGAGACAAAGAAACAUAUGAAAACAUGGACUUUCUAAUUAAAUCUCAAUUUACAUAUUUUUAGCCUCAAUCGGUCCCUUAUAUUUUUGAAGUGUUAUUUCCAAUACUUAAUAUUUACUAAGUUUUUGCAAUGUGUUUAUUUUAUUUUUUUUUUAUUAAUGUUUGAUUUCCAGCCUUUGUUACAGUAUUCGUUCUCACAAGGUGCUGUAUCGUUAGCAUGUGCAGCUAAUUUUGUAAUAGAUUUUUUUAAUUGAUUGACAUUUGUUUGUUGGUUUCUUGUUUCCGUUUAUUAUUAUCUGCCGUUUGCAGAGGUGCCAAAAUAUUGCAAACAUUUAUUUACGUGUCAGUAUCGCCGGAUGUUGAGGAGCUGACGAGUCACCGGUGAGACUUUUGUCACUGUUGCAGAAAUGCCGUGAGUCUUUCGGUAGUGUACACCCAUCAGCCCCAAAGUGCUGACAUGGUAUUAUAACUAUAUUAUACUGUACAGUGUUCAUUUGAGAGACACUGGUUUCUAAUCAGAGCUUUGAAAACAAAAUUGUCCACUGUUUUACCCUCCAAUGCACUUAAUUCAGCCUUACUGAAAUAAGUAUUUCCCCAUAAUCUCAAAUACAAUGCAGACUGUAGCAAAGAUAUAAAACAAGAUCCAUUUUGUGGCACAGUUAUGAAUGCAUUUUUGGCUGUGGUAAAUGUUUUGCUUUCUGUUCUGCAUAACAUAUGUUUUUACCCACUUGAUUGACGUUUCUUUGAAGACCCUUGUGUUCACGCACUAUAUUUCAAGUUGACAUUUCAUAUGACUGUACUGUUGGAGCCAAAUAAACACAGUCUUUCAAAUACAUCAAACAACA